UUCUCCGUCUUUAGAAUCCUUAUUUCUGAACGAAGUAAUUCUGUGAAAAUCUCCAUUAACAAAUAUAGUAACUUUAUUUAAUUAUUUAUAUCCUCUAAGAUAAAAUAUAUUGAGGGACACAAAUUUUAAUGUAUAUUAUCUCCCCUCGAAGAAAUAAAAACAAGUUGUGGUGAAUCUUCCAUUUACACUGGUUAAUGUCAUUCUCAUGUUUGGUAAAAUUAAGAUUGAUGUCUUUGGGGAUCUUGCAAUCAAACAUUACAAUAGAAACAAUCUUGUAUUGUGUCAACCAUGGUACUGAACGAGCACUUGGAGUAUGUGUUUGUGCCAUUGGGACUAUUGGUCUUCUUUUUGUACCAUAUAUGGCUUCUCUUCACCAUUCUUCAUCAACCUCAUCGAACUGUCAUUGGCUUAAACGCUGAAUCUCGUCAUCAAUGGGUUCAUGCAAUGAUGACUGAUCCCUUCAAGAACGGUGUUUUGGCGAUCCAAACAAUCCGAAACCAUAUCAUGGCAUCGACUCUUCUUGCUACUACAGCGAUCACAUUAAGUUCACUGAUUGGUAUUUUUGCUAGCAGGUCGUGGAGUUCGGAUGACACAUCUACCACUACAUCUUCAAUCAAACGUAUUUCGAUUACUGUUUGUUUCCUUGUUGCAUUUUUAUGCAAUGUUCAGUCUAUUAGAUGCUACUGUCAUGUCAGCUUUUUAAUCACUGCACCUACACGCCGAGAUAAAAAUGCUUACAUGGAAUAUAUUACUAAUACAUUGAAUCGCGGAAGUCACUCUUGGUCACUCGGAUUGCGAGCAUUUUACUUGUCGUUUCCUCUCUUCCUAUGGAUUUAUGGACCCAUACCUAUGUUUGCUUGUUGCUGCUUGACAUCAUUCUGUUUGUACUUUUUGGAUACGACAGCAAGAAUCACGAGGGAUCUUCACAGUAGUUCCUUCUAUAAGGAGAGUAGUGAUGUAGAAUCUGAACUGGAGCCUGAUUAUCAUCCUUUAGCCGGGAACGAUUUAGUUCAAAGUGCAGCUGUAGAUAAUGUGUAAUCGAUGUAGAUGUAUAUUUGUAGCCUUUGCGAAUUUGGCAAUCUUUUUGUCUACUAUUCUGUUAAUCAGUAUGAACAUGUGCUUUGGAUGUUGGUAGGAUGUACUGAGAGUAGAGUUCUAGGUAGAGUGCAUUUGCAUUUGUUACUUCUCAUGAUUUGUGCCUCUUCUAGCAAAACUAUGAAAAGGCGGCCGCAAAUUAGUUGGUCAUGAUUCAUAAGGUGGCUUGCAUUGCAUCAUCCUGUCUAGUUAGCUACAUAAACAACAACAUUGAUGGUUGAUUCUGUCAUGGUGUCUAGGUUCAUCACAGGCUCAUUUCUCUAAGGUUGUUGUUCUUCAACAUGAUCACCAAUGAUAGACUCCACCUUGAAACUCAAAUCUCUCCAAGCCCACACUAGUUAUUUGUUUGACCUUAACUGUUGUUUUGAGACACCAAUUUACAUCUCUGCUAAUAAUGAAUUUUCUGCUUUUAAGACACCGAUUUCUGUAACCUUUACUCUACUAGGAUAUCCAAAAAAGCACCCCUUAUAUUAUGUGCCUUAGACCAUCUUUCCUUUAUUUAUGUGAUAGUCAUAAGCACACCCAAAUACUUUUAAAUGAGUGUAGCUUGCAACCUUGAUAUUCCACAUUU